AAUACACUUGUGCAUGAUGGAAUCUCAAACAGGCUUCACAUUUACUGCAUGCAAAAUGAUCUUCACCAUAGAUUUAAAUCUGCAAACCAUUUACAGGUUGUUGCUUUGGCACCAGAGUCUAAAUAUCUGCAGUUUUAUGAUUCCAGGUCAAGGAGUGCGGCUCAGUGGUGGCAGCGAUCUCUGCUCUGGGAGAGUUGAAGUACUGCGUGGGAGCGCCUGGAACACGGUCUGUGAUGCUGGCUUUGACCGGCAGGAUGCAGAGGUUGUCUGUCGGCAGCUGCAGUGUGGAAUUCAUCAAGAGGUGCUGGGAGCCGCUCGUUUCGGUAAGGGGCAGGGUCCGGUCUGGUCAGAGGAGAUCCAGUGUAGUGGAAAUGAGUCCGGGCUCCAUGUCUGCCCCACCUCAUCCAGGGAGCAGCCAAGCUGCACACAUGCAAACGAUGUGGGCCUUGUCUGUGUUGAGUACAGGCUGGUGAAUGGCUCUGAUUCCUGUUCUGGCCGAGUGGAGCUGCAUCAUGAAGGAGUCUGGGGGACGGUCUGCGAUCGCUAUUGGGAUCUGCAAGAUGCCACAGUUCUCUGUCAGCAGCUGAAAUGUGGAUAUGCUGUAGCUGUCCUUGGACAGGCCCAUUUUGGGCAAGGCAGUGGUCAAAUCUGGGCUGAUAAAUUUAACUGUGAGGGCAGCGAGGCUGACUUAUUUAAGUGCCCCGCCUCUGAAUACGGACGAGGUAACUGCACUCAUGAGAAUGAUGCUGGUGUUAUUUGUACUGCACAGGCAGGUCGAGUCCGGUUGGCAGCCGGACCGAGUCGCUGUGAAGGCCGGGUGGAAGUUUACUACAACAGGACCUGGGGGAGAGUUCUCCACGACUCCUGGGGCAUCACAGAGGCUUCCGUGGUGUGCAGAGAGCUGGACUGUGGCUCUGCAAUGGAAGUCUCUAACUCCUCUCGAUACGGGACAGGGGACAGUGAUGUGUGCCUGACAGGCAUUCGCUGCACCGGGGACGAGUCCCAACUGAUAAACUGCAGCCUUCCACAGCAAGUCAGCUGCAAUACCAGUAACGGUGCGGCUGUGCUGUGCUCCAAUCACACGGCCCUCAGGCUGGUUGGGGGAGGAGGUGCCUGCGCUGGGAGGGUGGAGGUUUAUCACAACGGCUCCUGGGGGACGGUCUGCGAUGACUCCUGGGACCUGGCAGAUGCUGAGGUGGUGUGUAAGCAGCUCCAGUGUGGGACGGCACUCAAUGCCUCAGUGUCAGCCUCCUUCAGCCAGGGGACCGGACCCAUCUGGCUGGAUGAGCUGCGCUGUCAGAGGAACGAAUCGACUCUGUGGGAGUGUGCCUCAGGAGGGUGGGGGCAACACAACUGCAGACACAAGGAGGACGCGGGAGUCGUGUGUUCAGAGUUCAAGAAGCUGAGACUGUCUCGGGGCUGUUCUGGACUGGCAGAGGUUUUCUACAAUGGCACCUGGGGCAGCGUCUGCUAUAACGGCAUGGAUGAAAACACAGUUAAGAUGAUAUGCCGUGAGGUCAACUGUGGAGAGAGUUCUGAAAUAUCAAUGCCACUUCCAGCAUCUAGCACUGCGCGCAAGUGGCUUGAUAAUGUUGAAUGCAGAAGGCAUGACUCUACACUGUGGCAGUGUCCAUCUUCACCCUGGGGUGAAAACAACUGCCUGAAUGAUGAGGUGGCUGAGAUUGACUGCAAAGCAGUGGAAAAGAAACCAACUGUCUCCAGCAUACCCAAGACCUGCUCUGAUGACCUCACUCAGGAGCACUGCUCAGAGCCAGCAGAGCUGAGGCUAGCUGGAAGCUCAAGUCCCUGCUCCGGACGGGUGGAGGUGUGGUUCAAGGGGUCUUGGGGGACUGUCUGCGAUGACUCCUGGGACCUGAAGGACGCCCAGGUGGUCUGCAGACAACUAGGCUGUGGGGCAGCAGAGAGCACAGGGGGGGGUGAGGCUACGUUUGGACAAGGGAACGGCACCAUCUGGCUGGACGAGGUGAACUGCAGGGGCAGCGAGAUGCACCUGUGGGACUGCCGGCAUGCUCCACUGAGACACAAUGACUGCGACCACAAAGAGGACGCAUGGGUUACCUGUGCAGAAGCCUCUCCAUCCAGGCUGCAGCCACAGAGAGACAUGACCAUCCCAGUGAUAGCCUGCAUCGUGCUGGGAGCUCUGCUCUUUGUGGUGUUGGUCCUGUUAGCCAGGCAGCUGCAGCACAACAGGAUGCUGAGGAGAGGGAUUGCUAAGGAGGAGCUUGACCCCUUCCAUGAAGCCGUUUACGAGGAGAUUGAGUACAAACUGGCCAGACAGAGACCCUAUGGUGCACCCAGAAGAGGGAGUUUCCUUUCUGAUGAGCUGCCCUCUGACUAUGAUGAUGUGGAGGACAGUGAAUCGAUGCCCUCUCUGGAAGGAGAGACCCCGGGGUACUAUGACGAUGCCGUCCCUAUGAACAGUAACCCAGAAGAUUUAUCAGGGAGUUUCCAUUCCGACAAACUUCCCUCUGGCUACUAUGAUGUGGAGGACAGUGAGGGGAACCCCAUCCAAGGUUUUCCCCUCACUCCCUCUGGAGAGGAGAGUGCCGGGGCCGCACUGCCCCCUGAAGAAGGACCCGCUGCACCUGACAGGACUGACUACGAUGAUGUUGGGGAGGAGUCUCCAGGAGAGGGUGGGGCGCUGUGA